GAGACGGAACGCAUGCUCAGUGUGAGUUUUACGCACCUGGGAACAGUUUGGAAACAGAAAGUGAAGACUCGGGUGUUGUACGUCGUAUAACAUGGCACAGUACAGGCCUUCAGAAUCCAAACGGGAACAGUUUCGAAGAUACUUGGAAAAAGCCGGCGUUCUUGACAGCCUUACCAAUGUGUUGGUAACUCUGUACGAAGAACCAGAAAAACCAAAUAAUGCUUUGGAUUUUGUAAAGCAACAUUUGGGAGUCAUUGGUCCUGAAACGGCAGACGUGGAAGCCCUGCGUCUGGAAGUUGUAGAACUCCGACAGAAAUAUGAAAUGGUGCUGGAGGAAAACAAAGAGCUGAAAUCUAAGCUUUCACAUUACGAACCUCAACAAGAUGAAGGGCGACCCGAAUAGCCACUCCGGCUUUCUUCAGGAAACACAAAUCCUGAUUACAAAGCUGUUUAACACUGACCUCACAGUGGGAUAGGAUUGGGGUAACACCUACUCACUUGGAAAAAAAUUAGUAAUAUAAUUUAUUUGGAUUUUUGUGUAAAUAUUAUUACAGGCUGUAUAUCCACACAAGUGCCUGAAAUAAAAAAAAAAAAACAUACUUUUUUUUUUUUUUUUUUUUUUUUUUUUUUUAGUCUAAGGAGAAUUACUUUAAUUAUAAUCGUUUGUGAUCAGUGUUGAGAAUGAAUGUCAUGUGGUGCUGUAAAAAACUUUCAGUCUAGAGUGUUGGUGUAUUUGCACACGCUGGAUUACUAGGUGGAUACCCUGCUGACCAUAUAGCCUGAGGAAAGGACAGUUUACAUCUACCAGGUGGUUGAUAUUGCUAUCAUGAUCCAUCUAAAACCCCAUGAUUAUUAUAUUAUUUAGACAAUUCACUGGAAAAUAUACAUUUUCAGUUUUGGGUAUUUGUUGUGCAUUUUUUGCAGUAUAUGUUAAUAGUUCCUGAUAGUCUUUUGAGUUCUUUGAUUAAUCACUCAUGCAUUUUUUGUAUUUUUUCUCGUUGACAGAUAUGUGUUAAUUUGUCCAUACACCCGAUUUCUGAACAUGCAUCAUUUCCGUAUGUUUGUUUAUAGUGACUUAAAAAAUAAAUACAAUUAAAUGUU